AGAUAGAUAGAUAGAUAGAUAGAUAGAUAGAUAGAUAGAUAGAUAGAUAGAUAGAUAGAUAGAUAGAUAGAUAGAUAGAUAGAUAGCCAAUAUGUUAAUAAUAGACAUGCUAAUAAGCAACUUAGUGUGAAUUGGACCCUAUACUAAAGUGUUACCGAAUAUUUUAAUACACAGAUUGAACAUGGAAUGAAUUCAUAACUGCCUCUGCAGUGCAGAAUGGGAUUCCAGUUGAUAUUAGUGCCCCCAAUGUGCCUAGAAAGCAAGUGCAAGAAGAACCAAACUACAAGAUUUAAAAUGCAAGCAGUUUUGUUAAACUCAGCACUUUGUGUGUGUGUGCGUGUGUAUUCCAUGCUGACUCUGGUUUCUCUAACUCGUUUCUAUUAUACUCACCCCGCAAAUCUCAUUAGAUGCCCCUCACGCACACCACAUCCCACCAGCUGAAAUAGAGCCUAAGGCAUUUUAUACCACCAUGAAAGCCCCGCCCCCUACCACACCCCCUACUUACAUUCUCAGAGAGGACACACCCCACAAAGCUACACCCCUGGAGGAGGGGCCUGUUCAUGCACAUAUUGAAAGCAAAGACCCUCACACACAUAAUCAUCAACCGAAGCAUCCACGACAAAACAUGAUUUCUGUUGAAAAAGAGAGGAAAUGCCAUGGAGGAAUUAAGAAACAGUUAAUCGAAGCAUUACCUACACCACCUCCAGUGGAGGAUUCUGGGAAGGGUGAAGAGAUUUCUGCGAGGAAAGAGAAGAUUCCUGGGAAGGAUGAAGUAACUGAAGAAGACUCUGUUAGGCCAGUGUCAGAAUCUGCUGAGUCAAUUCAAGAGCUUGUCAAGCCAAUAUCAGCGCUAAUAGUAAUUCCUCAUGAGCCCAUGCAUAAACCACUCGAGACAAUAGUGAAUCCCCAUGAGCCAAUGCAUAAACGUCAUGAGCCACAUGAGCCAAUAGUGAAACUUCAUGAGCCAGGGCAUAAAACUUAUGAGCCAAUGGUGAAUCCUCAUGAACCAAUAGUUAAACCCCAUGAGCCAGUGCAUAAACCUCAUGAACCAGUAGUACAUCAUCAAGAGGCAGUGCAUAAACCUCAUGAACCAGUAGUACAUCAUCAAGAGGCAGUGCAUAAACCUCAUGAACCAGUAGGGAGUCCUCAUGAGCCAAGAGUGAUCAGUCAUGAUCCAAUAGUGAAUCCUCAAGAUCCAAUAGUGAAUUAUCAUUGGCCAGUAGUACAUCAUCAUGAGUCAGUGCUUAAACCCCAUGAGCCAAUAGUGAAUUCACAUGAGUUGAUGCAUAAACCUCAUGACCCAAUAGUGAAUCCUCAUGGGCCACUGCAUAAACCUCAUGACCCAAUAGUACAUCAUCAUGAGGCAAUGCAUAAACCUCAUGACCCAGAGAAACCUCAUGAUCCAAUAGUGAAAACUCAUGAGCCAUUGCAUAAACCUCAUGGAUCAAUAGUGAAACCCCAUGAGCCAACAGUACAUCCUCAUGAGGCAAUGCAUAAACCUCAUGAACCAAUAGUACAUCAUCAUGAGGAAGUGCAUAAACCUCAUGAACCAACUGAAUAUCAUCAAGAGACAAAGCAUAAACCUCAUGAACCAACUGAAUAUCAUCAAGAGGCAAUGCAUAAACCUCAUGAUCCAAUAGUACAUCAUCAUGAGGGAAUGCAUAAACCUCAUGAGCCUGUAGUGAAACCUCAUGAGCCAGAAGUACAUCAUCAAGAGUCAAUGCAUAAACCUAAUCAACCAAUAGUACAUCAUCAUGAGGCAAUGCAUAAACCUCAUGAGACAGCAGUACAUCAUCAUGAGGAAGUGCAUAAACCUCAUGAACCAACUGAAUAUCAUCAAGAGACAAAGCAUAAACCUCAUGAACCAACUGAAUAUCAUCAUGAGGGAAUGCAUAAACCUCAUGAGCCUGUAGUGAAACCUCAUGAGCCAGAAAUACAUCAUCAAGAGUCAAUGCAUAAACCUAAUCAACCAAUAGUACAUCAUCAUGAGGCAAUGCACAAACCUCAUGAACCAACAGUACAUCAUCAUGAGGCAAUGCACAAACCUCAUGAACCAAUAGUACAUCAUCAUGAGGCAAUGCACAAACCUCAUGAACCAAUAGUACAUCAUCAUGAGACAAUGCAUAAACCUCAUGAACCAAUAGUACAUCAUCAUGAGGCAAUGCAUAAACCUCAUGAGCCAGCAGUUCAUCAUCAUGAGGCAAUGCAUAAACCUCAUGAACCAAUAGUACAUCAUCAUGAGGCAAUGCACAAACCUCAUGAACCAAUAGUACAUCAUCAUGAGGCAAUGCACAAACCUCAUGAACCAAUAGUACAUCAUCAUGACGAAAUUUAUAAACCUCAUGACCCAAUAGUACAUCAUCAUGAGGCAAUGCACAAACCUCAUGAACCAAUAGUACAUCAUCAUGAGACAAUGCAUAAACCUCAUGAACCAAUAGUACAUCAUCAUGAGGCAAUGCAUAAACCUCAUGAGCCAGCAGUUCAUCAUCAUGAGGCAAUGCAUAAACCUCAUGAACCAAUAGUACAUCAUCAUGAGGCAAUGCACAAACCUCAUGAACCAAUAGUACAUCAUCAUGAGGCAAUGCACAAACCUCAUGAACCAAUAGUACAUCAUCAUGACGAAAUUUAUAAACCUCAUGACCCAAUAGUACAUCAUCAUGAGGCAAUGCAUAAACCUCAUGAGCCAACAGUGAAACCUCAUAAAUCAAUAUUAGAAUCUCAUGGACACAUACCGACUCAGCCAAAAAGGGAGUCUCAUGUACUAGUGCCAGAGUCUGUUGAUACAAUGCAUGGAUCUGUGAUGCACAUGCCACAUGAAACAGUAUCAAAGCAUCAUAUCUCAGGACCAAGACAUGUAGAUCGAAAGCCAGAACCAGAGAAACCAAAAGAGUCAGAAGAAGGAAAGACAAACGAAGGGGAGGAGGAUAGGUCUCAUAAACACACAGCUGUUGAAGUCCUUCUCCUUGCCUGUCUAGAUCCACACAAGCAGUCAAACGAGCAUGGUAAAGGAGAGGGUGAAGUAAAACCCAUCCAUAAAUGGGAGAGAGAAGAUGAAGAGAAUAAAAGAGCUCUUCUGAAGUUCUUACUAUCUGGAGGGCAACAGACCGUACAGCUAAAAGGCAUCAUAUAUGAUGACUUUAAAGAUUGUGAAUGUAAUGGACACUCGAAUCGCUGCAGUUACAUCGACUUCCUGAACAUAGUGACGUGCGUGAGCUGCAAACACAACACGCGUGGUCAGAACUGUGAACACUGUCGCAUGGGCUUCUACAAAAACACGUCUGCAGAACCCGAUGACGAGAAUGUGUGCAUCGAGUGUAACUGUAAUACGAUGGGCUCAUUGCACGACCGCUGUAAUGGUACCGGCUUCUGUCAGUGUAAAGAAGGCACUAACGGAGUCAAAUGUGAUGAAUGUCUCUCCGGUUACUAUUGGAAACAGGGUUGUUUCCCAAACGUGUGUGAUGAUGAGUUACUGUUGUGCCAGAACGGAGGGACAUGCGUUCAGAAUCAGCGCUGUAGCUGUACGCCGGACUUUAAGGGUGUUUUGUGCCAACAAUCGCGCUGCGACGGAGGCAAAAAGUGCAACGAUGCCAGUGCACUCACGCUGAGCCUGGCACUUCUGCUCUGCCCGCUCCUCGCCACCCUGCUGGGCUCCACCGCCUCCUGAGAGACCCCUGCUUCACCACCAGCGGGCACCGAGAGGGCCAGAUGCUCAGCUUCGCCCUCUACAGGAUGCAGAACGCCCUGCAGAACAACAAGAACGAGAAAACAAAAAAGACUCUUGUAGAGCUGGAAAUCAAUGGAACUCAAAAUGAGUGCCUCACAUAUAUAUAUAUAUAUAUAUAUACGCUGAGGACGAAUAAUACCAAAAACACACACACUGCACACACAAAAUCAACAAGAAGUGUGUUUCUUGUGCAAUAGCUGCGAAAUGUAAUACAAACCUCACUUCCUUCACUCUGAUUGGUCGAUGUAGGGGGCGUGUCCUCACAGUAAUCAGAGACUGUACCAUGUUUUCUGUUUUUUUUUUUUACACUCCUUUGCAGCAGUUUUUCACAUUCAGAUGUAUGUAACGAGCACUCACUGUUAUUCGCUAAAAAGCAAAGAGUAUGAUGUUAUAUCAUGACUAUUAAGAUUUUAGGCACUGUAUCGCUGGUUGUUCUAGGAAUGUAGGAAUCAUUGAUAUUUUCCAAGUAUUCAGGACACGAACACGCUCUCCAACUCGCAAGAGAAGAUAUCUAAUCAAGUGGAAUUAUUAUGAACCCACAUUAUUUGACUAUUUUUAGUAGAGAGAUUAUUUUUGUUUUGGAUCUAUAUAAGAGGCUGAAUGUUUUAUUACACUGUAAACUUUACAGCACACAAGCAAUUAUAGUACGAGAAUCUAUACGGAAUCUACAGAAUCUAUCUAUAGAGUUUACAUCGUCUGUGUGAGUUUACACACUAAAUGUACCAAGCAGAAUUUAUUAGAUGGCAAAAUCUAUGGAAAUGUAUGGGGUGGGAUUUAUUACACUUUAUGGUUAACAGAUUUACAAAACUACAAUAAAAACUGAAUGAAAUCUUAAA